CGGCGCGCGGGAAGCUGCGCGCGGGGCGGCCGGAGGUGACGGCGCCGCGGACUGACCGCGUCCCCUCAGCAUUUUGCAGCUUUCCUCUGUCUUUGGAAAAAGAACGCUGCCCGAGGAAAUUUUUGCCCCCCUCAAGACUCAGGAGCAUGAAAGUCAUCACGUGCGAAAUAGCCUGGCACAACAAGGAGCCGGUGUACAGCCUGGACUUCCAGCAUGGGACCGCCGGGAGGAUCCACAGACUGGCGUCUGCAGGCGUGGACACCGCUGUCAGGAUCUGGAAGGUAGAAAAAGGACCAGAUGGAAAAGCCAUAGUGGAAUUUUUGUCCAAUCUUGUUCGUCAUACUAAAGCCGUCAAUGUCGUGCGUUUUUCUCCAGCUGGGGACAUUUUAGCAUCAGGAGGAGAUGAUGCUGUCAUCCUAUUGUGGAAGGUGAAUGACAACAAGGAACCAGAGCAGAUUGCCUUUCAGGACGAAGACGAGGCUCAGAUGAAUAAGGAGAAUUGGGCUGUUGUAAAAACUCUGAGGGGCCACUUAGAAGAUGUGUAUGAUAUUUGCUGGGCAACUGAUGGGAAUUUAAUGGCUUCUGCCUCUGUGGAUAACACAGCCAUCAUAUGGGAUGUCAGUAAAGGACAAAAGAUAUCAAUUUUUAAUGAACAUAAAAGUUAUGUACAAGGAGUAACCUGGGAUCCUUUGGGUCAAUAUGUUGCUACUCUGAGCUGUGACAGGGUGCUGCGAGUGUACAGCACGCAGAAGAAACGUGUGGCUUUUAAUGUUUCAAAGAUGCUGUCUGGAAUAGGGGCUGAAGGAGAGGCAAGAAGUUACCGGAUGUUUCAUGAUGACAGCAUGAAGUCAUUCUUUCGUAGACUCAGUUUUACUCCGGAUGGGUCUUUGCUCCUCACGCCAGCUGGAUGUGUGGAAUCUGGUGAAAAUGUAAUGAAUACAACUUACGUUUUUUCCAGGAAAAAUCUUAAAAGGCCUAUCGCUCACCUUCCGUGUCCUGGAAAAGCAACGCUGGCUGUCCGCUGCUGCCCAGUCUACUUUGAAUUGAGGCCGGUGGUGGAAGCAGACAAAUCGUCACAGGAGCCGGGUCUGGAGCUAAUGUGUCUGCCCUAUCGCCUGGUGUUCGCUGUGGCGUCAGAGGACUCCGUGCUCUUUUACGACACCCAGCAGCACUUCCCUUUUGGUUACGUGUCUAACAUACAUUACCACACUCUGAGUGAUGUCUCGUGGUCCAGCGAUGGGGCCUUCCUGGCCAUUUCUUCCACGGAUGGUUAUUGUUCAUUUGUGACAUUUGAGAAGGAUGAACUUGGAAUUCCUUUGAAAGAGAAGCCAAUUUUGAGCAUAAGGACUCCUGAUACAGCAAAGAAAACUAAGAGUCAGAUGCACCAAGGGUCUUCACCAGGAUCUAGACCUGUAGAGGGAACUCCCACCAGCAGAAUCCAAGACCCCAGCAGCCCCUGUACAACCCCCCCUCAGGCCAGACAGUCUCCAGCCCCAGCGGUGGUCAAGGACACUCCCUCGAUUACUCCUGGUGUCAAAAGCUUCUUGCCAGCGCCUUCAGAGGAGAAGCACCUGCAGCCCAGUAGCCAAAACACAAAAGCCCACCCAUCCCGAAGGGUCACUCUGAACACAUUGCAAGCCUGGAGCAAGACAACACCCCGAGAUGCCUGGAGACCCUCAGGGCAGUCCUCCAGAGCUGAAAAGGCCCAGACUCAAUGGAAACAAAGAAAGCAUCCAAAGUCUGGACUCUUGAUGAAAUCUCAACUUUUGCUCGCCUGCCUGCCGGUGUGGGAGCUCCGUGUGCGCAGGGAAGGAGGUAGCCGAAGGCGCGGGAGGCCAGCAGCAUCCAGAGAGCAGAACAGACGCUCGUUAAAUUGAUUUCUGUAACAAAAGUUACAUGUGUGCUGAUUUUUCUCCAGAAAUAUGGAUGCUGUUGUAUUCGGUAUCCACUUUUAACUUGGGGAUGUGAACAUUUUAAAAGACUAAAUCCUCCUUUUGAUGAAUUUCUGAAACUGGAGCAGUUCAGCAUUAUUUAGCAUGAAAAUCAGUAAACCCUCCCUUGAAUACUCAUGAAAGUACAGAUACUUUAUGGGCAGACUCCUUUUAAAGUUAGAGUUAGAAAGAGGAGAAAGUAAUUUGAGAAGAUUUAUUCUGUUGAAUUUUAGAGUGUUUGAAGUGAUUAUUAGAUUUAGCUUCUCAGUUGAUUAAUUAAACUUUGGAAGGUUGUUGUA